GUUUGCUUUUAUACAGCUUUCUGGAGCUGCUUCUGUUAGAUGAGUCUCAGGUGUGUCGCUGCUCAGAGCUUCAGGUAAAAGAUGGGUUCUUUCAAGGAUAAAAUUAAAAGAUCAUUCAAAAAAGGCUUCAGGAGACCUCAGAAGGACAGCAUCAGUCCUUCAACGAACAACAACAACGACCUGCAGGAAGGUCUUGUUCAUGAAAACCCUGCGGCUCAUGAUCUCUUUAACACAGCAGAAGUCSAGCGCUCUCAGGAACUUCACAACGUUCUCUCCUUCUCCCGGACCCGCUCCGAUGGAUCCAGUGGAUCAGAGUCGGACUCAUGGGAACACAUGCCACUGCUGAAGCCUCAAGACUUCCCCAAACCUCCAGCUGACCUGGACCAGGACCAGAACCUGAAGAAGCACCUGGUCAGUCUGUGGGGAAUAGUGUCUGCUGAGCUGGAAAGGUUCUGCCACUCUGGUUCUGGAGAGGAUCUGAAGAACAUGAUUGACAGCUGCCAUCAGCGGACCUUUAUCCACCUGCAUGGUCUGCUGCAGAAGAUCAGGUCCUCCGAGAACUGCUUUGUGCUGUUGACCUGGGUCAAACAAACAUACCUGAGGAGGAGUUCAGUAAGUCUCUGUCUAAAAUCCUGCAGCAGAACAGAACCCAGACCAUCGAUGAUGAAGAAACCUACGUCGGACUUUAUGUGGACGUAAUCCAGUACACCAGCUCCAUGAUCCAAAAGGCCCAAAGCACAAGUCCAGAACUUCACAAUGAAGUCCAGGAGGUUUGUUCUCAGGAGCUGAUGAACUUUGUUACAAGCUACACUGCAGAGCAGGCUGAAACCCUCAGAGCUUCGGUGCAGAAAACUGAUGAAACGAUUCAUUUCCUGAAGACUCUGAGGACCUGUGAAGAACUCAGAAAAUAUGUCCAACUGAAAGAAAACUUCAGCCUGAAAGAAGAAAUUACAUCAAAGCUCAAAGACAUGGAGGCUCUUAUUUUGAAACUCCUGAUGGAAAUAAUAACUGAGUUGGCUGAGAGAGACCUUCGAGGUUACUUUAAAAAACCCAGACACCAGAUGCAGCUGCUCACAGAUUUAAAGACUCGUUUCCCCAAAACGUCGUAUUUUAGAGACGAGCAGAAGGAAGUGAUGGCUCAGGCCUAUGAGGUCAUCGCUCACGUCUACCUGAAACGUCUGAUCAGGACCAGCCGGUGGAAGCUGAAGCUCUGGAGUUCRGCUGUUGGUCCGAAGGUCAGCUCGGACACCGAGGAGCUCCAGGGAACCAUCUUAGACCUGGCUCCGGGUGUUCAGCUGGGUAAAGUGAUGCUGCUCAGCGUUCCAGAGGUUCUGAAGAACAAAGACAUCGACACGCUGAAGCUCAUCCUCGCCGGUUCUCAGAAGGACUGCGGCAGGAGCAGCAAAGACCUGGAUCUGAUCCCGGACCUGCUGCGAUGGAAGGGUCUCUCCAGGUCACAGGUCACGGAGGUCCUGGAGGCCUUUCCCGAAGAUCUCAGACCCAGAACCGGAUACAGGUGGUCCUUCGGCUGCUGCUGCUGCUGAUGUGAYCCAGAGACAACACCAUUUCUGUUUAGACCCGGCGGGUCGGUGCAGCAGAACCGUUUUACAAAACUGACACUUUUCUUUUUUGUUUGAUUUUUUUUGCUUCAAGCUAACUGUUGCUAAUUUUAGUUAGCAUUUUGACUUUUAGCUACCCAUUUAUUUCUUUUGGCUUUUAGCUACUGUUUUKCUAUUUUAGGUACUUUAUAAAAGCUACUAUUUUUCUUUUGUUUUUAACUAGCCGCUAAGUUCUUUUGUGUUUAGCUUGUUUUUUUUCCCGCCUUUUUAACAUUUGAGCAUUGGCUAGUUUUAGCUAGCUUUUUAAUACUUUCCAUUUUUAGCUACCAUUUUGUUACAUUUAGCUUUUAAGCCAUUCUUGUGCCUUUUUUUGCCUUUUAGCUUCAAAAUUUUUUUAAUCUUUGGCUUUUAGCUAGCUGCUAACUUAUUUUGGGUCAAAUGUUUGUUUUUAUUUCAUUUAAGCUUUUUUGUAUUUGGUAGUUUAAGGUGGCUUUUUAAUACUUUUGACUUUCAGCAGCUCUUUUGUUUAUUUUAGUUAGCAUAUGCUACUUUUAGCUUUUGGCUAAAUGAAAAUCAUGCUGUAUAAAAAUGUACAUA